AUCUCUCGCCACGACAUCCAUCUGUUCUUGCCCAUUCAGCAUUCACGAAACUAUGUCUAUGGACCAAGCUCCCCGCAAUUGAUACCCUGGCGCGCGCGCGAUAUAGGACCGUUUGUCAUUCGAUCACGACCCAAUUUCGAGAUCCGACCACAUAGCCUCACGCCUUGGCGCAUGCCUCCUUUACGCCUUCCCAUUGACAAAUGAUCGACACUGGGCGUACUGCAACUAUUCGAAGGUCGUGACCGAGGUUUUGUUGCCUCGUCAUACGCAGACAUGCAGUGGCCCUGGCACAAGAGGAAAGACUCCGACGAUGGCGACACUUUGCUGCCCCUGGCGACCAAGGUGCCGAGCAUCAACGGCUUGGCCAUGGAUCCUGUAGAAACGGAAUCGUCGCGAUCGAGGCCAGGUUACGUUCGGACCACAUCGGUGCAGUCAAGAACCAUUGCCGACGAGUUUUCCUCCAUGAGUCCAGCAGAAGCUGCCAGCCGGCUUCAAACUUCUCUUACUCACGGUCUGUCCCCUGCCGAAGCCUUGAACCGACUCAGCGACUAUGGGCCGAACGAAAUCCCCCACGAACCCCCCGAACCACUGUGGCUGCGGUUUAUUAAACAGUUUCAAGAACCACUCAUUGCCCUCCUGCUCGUUUCGGCCGGGGCCUCGAUAUUUCUGGGCAACACGGAUGACGCGGUCAGCAUCACUGUAGCGGUAACCAUUGUCGUCUCGGUUGGCUUUGUGCAAGAAUACCGGUCGGAAAAGUCAAUAGAGGCACUCAGUCAGCUAGUCCCCAACCACGCUCACCUUGUCCGGUCAGCCGCCAGCAAAACGCCGGGCAGCGCUCGGACUCCCACAUGGCCGCCGCUGGGCUCAAUGGACGGCAACGAGUCGGUGGGAUCUACUACGCCGGGCGAAGAAAUGCUCGAGGCAACUUCGUCAAAGGUCAUGGCCUCGCAGCUUGUGCCGGGAGACCUUGUCUACUUCACCACGGGCGAUCGUAUCCCAGCAGAUAUCCGGGUCACCAAGGCAGCAGAUCUCACUAUUGACGAGUCGAAUCUUACGGGAGAAAACGAACCAGUUCGCAUCACGGCCGAAACAAAAGUCCGAAAUCUCUUGUCCCCCGCAUAUGGAGCAGACACGCUCCAACUCCCGAGUCCCUCUGCCGUAUCUGACAAUAGGGAUACUGGCGGAAACGGUGACAACAACAUUGCUUGGAUGGGCACCUUGGUGAGAUCCGGCCACGGCCAGGGUAUCGUCUUCGCGACGGGCGGGAGCACCAACUUCGGAACCAUUGCGACCAGUGUUUCUGGGACGGAAAGCCCACGCUCACCUUUGCAACUUUCCAUGGACGACCUUGGCUCCCAGCUUAGCAAAUUCUCCUUUGGCGUCAUCGGCCUCAUUUCCUUGGUUGGCUGGCUGCAGGGAAAGAAGCUGCUCGAAAUUUUCACGAUCUCCAUCUCUCUAGCUGUCGCAGCUAUUCCGGAAGGCUUGCCAAUCAUCGUGACUGUCACUCUGGCUCUCGGCGUUCAUAGGAUGGCCCGCCAUAACGCUAUUGUGCGUAAGAUGCCCAAGGUAGAGACUCUGGGCUCGGUGAAUGUCGUAUGUACCGACAAGACAGGAACUCUUACCAUGAACCACAUGACAACGGCCAAGAUGUGGUACUUCGGUGCCAAUGACGCCAUUGAUGUUGAAUCCGACGAUGAAGCCACGGAAACCAAGCCGGACCCUGCUACUCUACGAAUUCUGCGUAUUGGUAAUAUUGCGAACAACGGACGUCUUGCACAGCAGUACACUGAGAACGGUGCAGCUGCUAGAGCAGUGCUUUCGUCCACACAAGGAACGGACUUUGCUUCGACUUACACACGCUGGUGUGGACAACCCACCGAUGUUGCCAUGCUCGAUCUGCUUGACAGAUUCAAAGAGCACGAUGUCCGCGAAUCCAUCGGUCCGCGCCUAAGCGAAACACCCUUCAGCUCUGAGCGUAAGUGGAUGGGCGUCACAAUCGGAACUAACGACAAAGAGUUCGCCUACAUGAAGGGUUCCAUUGAUCGGAUUCUCGAAGCGUGCGACACCUAUCUUACCCGAGAUGGCCGAGAGAUCGUUCUCGACUCCGCGCGCCGUCAGGAGGCGUUGCAGGCCGCAGAAGCCAUGGCUUCGAAGGGUCUCCGCGUGCUUGCUUUUGCAAGCGGCGCUGUUUCGCGAUAUAGGGGCAGGGCUACGCUGACACCCACUCAUCGCACCAACACACCGGGCGAAGGCCCUCGUCCCCAACCCGUGGACGAGACUUACAGGGGCCUCACAUUCGCUGGGUUGGUUGGAAUGAGCGACCCGCCGAGGCCAGGAGUUGGCAAGGCGAUUAGGAGAUUACUCCGGGGAGGUGUCAGAGUCGUCAUGAUCACAGGUGAUGCCGAAACAACUGCCGUCGCUAUUGGCAGGCAGCUCGGCAUGCCGAUUGCUAAAUCGAUCGAACACGCUUCCAGCCAAGCAUCAGUACGUCCUGUUUUGCGGGGGGAGGACGUUGACGCCAUGUCAGAGCAAGAGCUUUCACAGGCCAUCCAGCAUACCACAAUCUUUGCCCGCACGAACCCGGACCACAAGCUGAAAAUCAUCCGCGCUUUUCAGGCCAGGGGCGAUAUCGUCGCCAUGACUGGAGACGGUGUCAAUGACGCCCCGGCUCUGAAGAGAGCAGAUAUUGGCAUUUCGAUGGGCCUGCAUGGAACCGAUGUUGCGAAGGAGGCGGCGGACAUGAUUCUUACCGACGAUGACUUCUCUACCAUACUUCGAGCAAUCGAAGAGGGUAAGGGAAUCUUCAACAACAUCCAGAACUUCCUGACGUUCCAGCUGAGCACAAGCGCGGCUGGGCUGUCCCUCGUUCUAUUCUGCACAAUUCUCGGGUUCAAGUCGCCCCUAAAUGCGAUGCAGAUCCUCUGGAUUAACAUCAUCAUGGACGGUCCGCCUGCGCAAUCACUCGGCGUCGAGGCGGUUGAUGCCGAUGUCAUGAAUCGUCCCCCUCGCAAGCGUAACGACGCGGUGCUGACGAGGAAGCUCCUCUACAGAGUCUUGACAUCAGCAUCCAUCAUCAUGAUGGGCACUAUGCUCGUCUAUAGACGUGAAAUGCUUGCGGAUGGGGAGGUUAACCGCCGCGACACGACCAUGACUUUCACUUGCUUUGUACUCUUCGACAUGUUCAACGCCUUGGCCUGCCGAUCCGAAUCAAAGUCGGUUUUGCGAGGCGAAGUCGGGCUUUUCUCAAAUACCCUCUUCAACUGGGCCGUCUCGCUCAGCAUCGCGGGCCAGUUGCUCGUUAUAUACUUCCCAUGGCUCCAGGAGGUUUUCCAAACAGAAGCCCUGGGCUUCUUCGAUCUUGUCGGCCUGUUGAUUCUUUGCAGCACGGUGUUCUGGGCGGAUGAGUUUAGAAAGUACUGGAAGUACUCCAGACGGCGCAUAGGCGGUGGUUAUAGUCAGGCAGUGUAGACCAGAAAGCAUGAUUCAUACAAGGUGCAGGCGAUUGCGCCUGUAGACGGCCUCAGCAUAUAUGUAAGAUUUUCAAUACGGUAAAUAAUCAACGGCCUUUCC